AUGUCACCUCACAAGACGGUAGUUGUCCUCGGUGCUGCGUAUGGCGGUGCCCGUGCCGCUCAGCUCAUCGCUGCUGGCCUCCCGGAAGGUUGGCGCAUCGUUUUAAUAGACCGCAACUCUCACGCUAACCACGUAUAUAUCUUGCCGAGACUGGCGGUGCUUCCUGGCCACGAGCAUAAAGCCUUCAUUCCUUACGACAACAUUUUCAAUGUCGAAACCCCCAAUCCCGACAGACACACAUUCCUUCGUGCAACCGUGCAAUCUUUUUCCUCCAACUCUAUCAAGCUCUCGCGCGCCUUUCCUGAACACGGCAUCCUUACCGACGUCCUUGAAUUCGAUCAUGCCAUCUACGCGCUCGGCUCACAUCUCCCCAGCCCGCUCAACCUCUGGGCGGCCAGUCCAGACGGAAAACCUUGUCCGAACACGUACGGUGGAGACAAGUCGGAGGCUAUAAACUGGUUGAAGAGGAAGCAGACCGUAAUCCAAGCAGCCUCAGCGGUUCUUGUUGUUGGUGGAGGAGCCCUUGGGAUCCAAUUCGCUUCGGACAUUGCUGCAAUUCACCCAGAAAAGCGGGUGACCCUUCUUCACUCUCGGACACGACUCCUGCCACGGUUCGACUCCACGAUGCACACGGAGAUACUGCAGGAACUCGAAUUGAGCGGCGUCGAUGUCAUUCUCGGUGACCGUCUUGACCUUUCCACGAUGCCCACUGAGGAUUCGUCAUCACAUACUGUCCGUACGAUGAGCGGGCGCGAAAUCAGCGCUGAUCUCGUGUUGCUUUGCACCGGUCAAGUUCCCAACACGGAAUUAUUGUCGACCUUCGACGAGACUACGGUUGACUCUGGGACACGUCUUGCCCAUGUUCUUCGCACCAUGCAGCUUGGCAUACUACCUCCUGCUGUCGAGGAAGUACCAAUAAUAGGCAAAGUCUCUGAACAAGAAGAUGAAGAUCUUUUGCAAGCAGCUCUUGCACAGAUCGCGCUGCAAAACCAAGACACCGAUUCGCCAACAUCCGAGGAAGACGAUUUGGAGCCUACAUCAGAAACGACGCCAUACCCGCACAUCUUCGUCGUGGGUGACGCUGCCGAUGCCUUUGGCGCGAUACCCGCUGGUCAUAAUGCAUACUACCAGGCCGAAGUCGCCGCAAAGAAUGUACUAAAACUCAUCAAUUCCGCUGCGUCCGUUGAGGAGGUAGAAUUGGACCGUUACACACCAGGCUUGCCAGCCAUCAAAGUCUCUCUUGGCCUGCGCAAAAAUGUGUAUCAGGUUAAUGGAGUCGUGGGUGUCGGGCGUGAAUCGCGGGACGAUUUGAACGCUGCAUCGAUGUGGGGUUACUUUGGUUCUCCGGUUACGUUGAGUGAGGAGGAGGAGGACUGUUCGAAAAUGCAUCGAUAG